UACCAAACUUCAGAAGAGCUAACUAGGAAAAACACUCUCAAUGCAUUUUAUUACAAAAGAGAAGUCAAAAACAUAAACAAAGGUAAAAGAGUUUUGAAUGAAAUCGAAACACCAAGUGAAAAGCACCAAAACAAACGUGCACUUCUCAAACCUAGCA